AUGCUUUCCCAAUCUUCAUCCAAUACUUCGACAUCUACAUCGACUAGUUUGGAUGCAACGAACAAUAAAUAUCAUGGAUUACUAACUAUAUCCAGGAUAAGCGUUAUUAAGCAUAUUGUUUAUGAUUUUUUCUCGUUUUUUAAUUCAAUAGCGCACCCAUCAAUAAUUUAUGCAUUUAUUAUUAAUGCAUGGCGCACAAUACAAUGGGCUGGCCCAUCAGUAAUUCCAGAAAGCUCAACUUUAUACCCAUCAAAAACCGUAGCGCAAAUUCUAACAGAUGCUUUUUCAUUCUUCUUCAGAAUUGUGCCUGCUUCGAUUAAAGGAGAAGAAUUCAUUUACUACGCAAUCAUUGCUCUCGUUCUUUUUUACACUUUUUGUCUCAUUUUAAUUGUUACUAUCUAUAUUUUCAACAAGAAUGGCAAAAUCAGCAAUGGUGUAGCUAUAGCUUUCUAUUUCAUAUUUGAUGGCAUCUGGUAUUUAAUUACUCCAAUUGCAUUCACUCAAUGUGGCCACAGAAUCGGAUAUACAUUUAUACAGAACGAGGAUGUCAAAGAUGUUGCAUCUUGGGUCUUAAUUAUCCUACUUCUCAUAUCUUUAUGCGUAUAUUAUUUCAUCACGGCUUAUUAA